AUGAGCGAACCCACGCCACAGCAAAAGGCCAAUCUGGCGCGCAUCCGUGACAACCAGCGAAGGUCGCGCGCCCGUCGCAAGGAGUAUCUGCAAGAGCUUGAGACAAAGUACAGGUCUUGCGAGGCCAUUGGAGCAGAGGCUUCACAGGAGAUUCAGGCCGCCGCCAGAAAGGUUCUCGAAGAAAACAAGCGUUUGCGCCGCCUGCUACGGAACCAGGGCUUUAGUGACGCUGACAUCGAUGGCCCCGAGCACGAUGAAUUUGCUUCAUCGCCGUCGGCGACCGAGAUGCUAGAGGUCAUGCUGGUGACGAGGAAGCCAUGCAGACCAUCGUCGGGUUCGGGCUGUGGCGACAGUCAGGUGUGCAAGACAGAGGACGACGACGACGAUGCCGACUCGAGGCGGCAGAGCGUCAUCUCAGCUCCUGCUGCUCCAGCAUCAUGUACCGCGAAACCGCAACAGAAACAGCUGCGGCCCCUCGCUCUUGCCCCUGCUCCCGCCUCUGCCGCUGCUGCUCCUACUCCAGUCUCUAGGCCUCAGUCUCACGACCCCGUCGUCCACAACCCACAGCUGCCUCAGCAUCAACAACAACACUUCCAACAGCAGGGCCAGCAACACAUGCAAUUCCAAGGCCACCCUCAGCAUCAGCAGCUGCAAUCUCAACAGCAGUUCUUCAUGUCGCCCGCUUCCCACGCCUCUGCGCCUGGUUCCUUUGUCCCCGAGUAUCCUAUAUACGCACCACAACCCUUCGGUUACCCAGUACCACAGUCCCAACUACUGGACUGGGACAUGGCUGCUGCCGACUCCAUGUCACAAUCUGGAAGCUACCCGUCUGGAAACCAGUUCACAUCACCUCCGCCUGGCUUCCCAGCUUCAACAUCAUACGCAUCACCCACUCGUUCAGCUACUGCUGCUUACAAUGGUCAAGACAACACCUCGUCGUGCUUCACAGCGGCAGGUGCCAUUCGCGGCUUGCACCCCGAAGCAGGCGACGAGGUCGAGUCAGCGCUGGGCUGCCGUCCCGGCGGUAACGACUGUCGCGUCGAUAAUGCUAUGGUCUUUGACCUUAUGGACCGCUAUGCGGGGGUCCAUGGUCAACAAGGCGUAUGA